CGAACGGCACGAACAGUCAUCAUCACCGCGGCUGGGGCUGACUUGAUGGAGCCUACGACGACGACGACGACGACUAUCUGCUGCUGAGAAAGGAGAAGCAUAAAAAAAAGAACAAUCGCCUCGCUUAUACGGAAAAAAAGUGUGUCAACCGCGGCUCGUUUCGGGUAAAUUUUGUGGCCAAUUUCGGGAUUUCCGUGUCCGUCAGUGUGCACCGUCGAGUGGUGUCGGUUUACUCCGCUAGGAGUGCGUAUCCAUCCCGGGAUUGGGGCGAGAAAUUCUUUGGAAUAUAGCCAUCAGCUUUGGCAGUGUAGUUUUUCUCCACAAGACAAGCCGCCCCCGGAAAGUAGAAGAGAUCCCUGUAAUUGGGAAGAUAGUGCGCGAGAAAGAGAUAGUGUGUCUGUGUGCCCGUGGUGAAGAAAAGUGCUUUGGGUUCUGUUGUUUUAUAUACUAGGCCGAAUUUUGCUGGCCGAGGCACCUUAGUGUCCCCGAGGAUUGAACCGACUCCUCUUUGAAUACAACGGAUUAUACUAUUAUCGGCCGCAUCCCUGAGGAUAUUUCAGCCAGGCAGCAGAGAUAGCUUGAUGAGGAGAAGCUGAACGAGAUUCCAAAAUGAUUCUGCUCGAGAUCAAUAACCGGAUUGUGGAGGAAACCCUGACUGUCAAGUACAAGAAUGCUAUCGCUGGCAACAAAGCGGAAUCCAUCGAUGUCACUGUGGCAGACUUUGACGGUGUGUUGUUUCACAUUUCCAACAUCAACGGCGACAAAACUAAAGUGAGAACGAGUAUAUCGCUCAAGUUCUACAAACAGCUACAGGAACACGGAGCAGACGAACUGCUAAAGCGAGAGUAUGGAGACCUGCUUAUCACACCGGAAGACGGCUACAACGUUUCGGUCCUGGUCGACCUGGAGCAGAUUCCGGACAACUGGGAGGAAAUUGUGCGGAAGAUUGGUCUACUGAAGCGGCACUGCUUCGCAUCGGUGUUCGAAAAAUACUUCGACUUCCAGUCACAGGGUGAGAGCGAAAGCGAGGACCAAAAGCGAGCGGUGAUCAACUACAGGAAUGACGAGACUAUGUACGUGGAUGCGAAAUCGGACCGGGUGACGGUCGUGUUCAGUACGAUAUUCCGCGAUGAGGACGAUGUAGUGUUAGGCAAAGUGUUUAUGCAAGAGCUCCGUGAGGGCAGGAGAGCAUCACACACGGCACCGCAAGUGUUGUUUUCCCACAGGGAACCUCCGCUCGAACUGGCAAACACCGGUGCACGGGUAGGGGAAAAUAUUGGAUAUGUUACGUUUGUAUUAUUUCCAAGGCAUACAUCAAAAGAUACGCGUGAUAACACAAUUAAUCUAAUUCACAUGUUCCGUGAUUAUUUGCAUUAUCACAUUAAGUGUUCGAAAGCGUACAUCCACUCACGAAUGCGGGCAAAGACGUCGGAAUUCCUGAAGGUGCUCAACCGUGCUCGUCCCGAGCCGAAAAAUACGGAAAAGAAAACGAUCACCGGGCGAACAUUUAUCAGAAAGGAAUGAUUUUGGAACUCAUCGGACAUCUAGUUGUUAAAUGUGUAAGUAAAUAUUUACUAAUAAAGAAAAGCAAGCAAGCAAGUGAAACACAAAAAUCAAGCAGAUAGUUUUGCGAAUCCAAUCAACGGAGAAAGAGGUAUUUCACUGUGCAAAUAUUUUGGAUGUAAAACGGAGAACCUUAAAAGCGAAAAGCGAAUGAGCAUGAGUCUAGGGAAUAGUGAAGAGAAUGAAGCAUUUAUGGAAAAACGUGGUAAGAAAAUAUUCGCAGGUAACAAAAAUUGUAACAUGUAUUCACACUAAUUCUGGAAAAAAAAAGAAAACAUAUAAUUAGGAACUUUAGCAGUAAAAUUCCUUAAUCGCCGCUGCCAACAACAAGUAAAAUUUACAGUUAUUAUAAAACUAAUUAUAAUAAAACCCAUUUUUAAAGAAAUUUAAAUAUUUUAUUUAAAUAAAGGAACAAACUGCAAUUAUCUUCGAAUGAUUAAUGGACCGCCACCCUAGUGGACAACUAAAUAAGAUAUAGGAAGCAAUUGAAAAGGGUAGAAACCAGAAUUGGCAUGAACAUAGAUAGAGAGUGAGUAAAGUUGUAUGAAAAUUCCUAGCGACUGCAUGCAUGGCGCCCAUGAGAGCGAGAUAUAACUGUAGGUAGUAAUUGGCGAUUGGUGCACGGGGUACGUAACGAGCAAUAAACGUGAGCUCCUCUCCUUCUCUAGUGUCAUUAUGUGUUGAGAGCGAGAGGAAUAAUCCGGGAAAUGUGUCGCACAAUUCGGAGAUUACGACCCAACCCAAGCUUGAUCAAAGAGGACAUCCCCCCCAUUCUAGUUUGAAACUAUUUACUAAUUAAAUCGAUAGGACUAAGGAACGAAAGUAUGCUAGAAACUACCACACUAAACCAAUGUUGUUUAUGAGUAGUCAGUUAAAAUGUUUAUAAUAAAAUGAGCAGAAAAUUCGUGGAAAGUUGUAUUGCAGUCCGAUUAGUGGAGAGAAAAA